AUGACUGGAGAUAGGUGCAGCUUAGUGUCCAAGGAAACACGUUUGGCUUUGAGUGAUAUGACUAAUGUUCCGAGCAAGAGAGCGAUUUCUUCGAUUCUGGGUGAUUUUCUAUUGAAAUCUGGAGAUGAUUCCGGGAAGAUUGUUGCUCGUGAAGGCUCCGGUGUAAAGUUUUCCAAGAGGUUGUGUUUAGUUGUAGACGACUUGGUCAAGGAGAGUACUAGGACUAGUGAUACAAACGACGGUUCUUCUUCUGAUGACAAGAACAGUUUCGGUGGUGAUUCAGAAAAUGUCGAUGUAAAAGAAUCUCAGGGUGAAACCAAUGCAGUAGAAAAUGGUGUUCAACAUUUGAAAGUUGAGGAUGGUGAUGCUGUGGUGGAACUUAGUCAGAACAAGGAGGACUCAAACAUGCCUGACUUUGGGAGUCAAACCGGUGAAGACUUAACCGUGACUCUAGUCAGUAGCAGCAACAGCGAAAGUGAUGACAAGUUGGCGAUGGUGGCUCCUGAAGGAACGGGUCUGUUACCUAAUUCUCAGGCUAGUAUCAAAUCGUUUAGUAUCAACAGAUGUUCGGCUGUUGAGAGUAUGGGGAUUGUGAAUCACGCUGAUGAUGAGCUCAAAUCUUGCUCUUGUUCUUUUUGCCUGAAAGCUGCGUAUAUCUGGUCAGAUCUUCACUAUCAGGAUAUCAAAGGUCGAUUAUCUGUGUUGAAGAAGAGCCAGAAAGAAGCUAGUAGCCUGAUCCAAAGGAACGGUAAAGGAAAGCCAACGGAUAUUCAUGGAUCGGAAAACUCCAAUAACUCUGCAAAUUCAGAAUUCGAUCUCAUGGGUCAAUGGACAUCUCUCUUUCUUAACAUGGAGGGUAUCUUGGCUCGUGAAAGCAACCACCUCCAAGAUAGCUUCGUAACCAUGAAAGAGUUGAGAGAAAAUUGCAAGAUUGAUCUGGAGAGAGCGACGAAAACACCUCAGCACAACAAGACUUAG